AUGUCUUUUUCUAAUGGUCCGAAUGGACUGCCACCAGGUGGGGGUACCGGUGGUGGGAAUCCUACUCCGCAGACGCAAAAGAGCACGGCUAUCGUUCUAGGAAGCGCUCCUGCGGUUGCCGCUGCCAAUCCCACGACUGGUUCUUCCACACAAAGUGUGGCACCUGUGACAGCAGUUGGACCAACGGAUUCGCUGGAUUGUAGUGCAGAGGUUUUAUCUGCCUUUGAAUGUCCGGUCUGCCUCGAAUACAUGCUUCCACCCUAUUUGCAAUGCCAAAGCGGACAUCUUGUUUGUGGGAACUGUCGACCGAAGCUACAGUGUUGCCCAACGUGCCGCGGCCCUACACCAAGCAUCCGAAAUCUUGGACUUGAGAAGAUUGCAAACACGGUGAAGUUUCCUGCAAUGGACCACGAAGAGACGUGCGAGUUCAGACCCUACAGCUGCCCUUGCCCUGGUGCGUCGUGCAGAUGGCAAGGAGCCCUUCAAGAAGUGAUGCCACAUUUAAUUAAAAUUCAUAAGAGCAUUACGACUUUACAAGGCGAGGAUAUUGUCUUUUUGGCUACCGACAUCAAUUUACCGGGUGCAGUUGAUUGGGUCAUGAUGCAGAGCUGCUUUGGAUAUCACUUUAUGCUAGUACUCGAGAAGCAGGAAAAGUUCGAGCAAUCGCAGCAAAUUUUCUACGCCGUUGUUCAACUGAUUGGAGCCAAAAAAGAAGCAGAAAACUUUAUGUACAGGCUUGAAUUGUCAACUAGUCGUCGUCGCCUUGUAUGGGAAGCCACGCCGCGGUCCAUUCAUGAGGGAGUAGCGCACGCCAUUUCACAAUCCGAUUGUCUUGCUUUUGAUACACCAACCGCGCAACUUUUUGCCGAAAACGGGAACUUAGGAAUAAAUGUGACCAUUACACAAGUCAACGAAUCAUUGCGA